AUGGCUUCUCCAAGGUUAGAAACCUACUGCUGCCCAAACCGGGAUGCAGCCACACAGCUGGUGAUGAACUUCCAGCCUCAAGUCUUCUGUGGAGUCUGCAUUGGCAGUGCCUCCAUCAGCCUGCUACUGACCAUCCUGCAGCUCCUGCCAAAGAAGGGACAGAGCCCACGCAAGAUGCCCAAAGCCUCGUCCUCCUCCACCAUCCUUCUCCUUAUCUCCAUUUGUGACAUCCUUGGAGGCUUAGGUCUGAUCUUCAGGUCAAGCGUAUGGCUGGGCUUCCCAGGCUUCAUAGCUAACAUUUCUGUGGUGAAUGGGACUGACGUGUGGCCUUCCACUUUCUGUGUGGGGAGCGCGAUGUGGAUCCAGCUGCUAUAUAGUGCUGGCUUCUGGUGGUUGUUUUGCUAUGCUGUUGAUUCUUACUUGGUGGUGAGAAGAUCAGCUGGACUGAGUACCAUUGUGCUGUACCACAUGAUGACGUGGGGCCUUGCAGUGAUGCUCUGUGUGGAGGGGAUUGCUCUGCUUUACUACCCCUCUCUGUCCAGCUGUGAAAAUGGCUUGGAACAUGCAAUCCCACAUUACAUCACAACCUAUGCCCCACUCCUGCUAGUGCUUGUGGCCAACCCAAUCCUGUUUAGGAGGACAGUAUCAGCAGUUGCCUCCUUACUGAAAGGGAGACAAGGAAUUUACACAGAGAACGAAAGACGCCUGGGGACAGAGAUCCAGAUGCGCUUCUUCAAAAUUAUGCUGGUAUUUGUUAUUUGCUGGUCAUCCAAUAUCAUCAACGAGACCCUUUUGUUCUACCUUGAAAUGCAGCCAGAUAUCAACGAAAUGCCCCUGAAAAACAUCAGAAGUGCUGCACUGAUCACCUGGAUUAUAAUGGGGGUUCUUAAUCCCAUGCAGGGCUUUCUCUUCACAUUAGCUUUCUAUGGCUGGACAGGAUGGAGAGUGGACCUGAAAUGGCGAAAAAGAGAAAUACCCUGGGAAUCUAUGUCCUCAUCAACUGUGGGGGAAAAUGCCUAUCCCUCACCAGUGAACUACCAAAGCAACAUCCAUGAUUCCAAGAAGAUCUCAACAACCGACAGCCAGCAGACCGACGAGGCCAUAAGCAUGUUGUCUGAAGGUAACACCAGCAGUGACGAAAGACUAACCAGAAGCUCUCCCAUCUACCAGGGCUGGUAG